GCCCAAACAAGACUACGAGACAGUAAUGCAGAAGAGGGACCAGAACAAGUCUUCUGGCUCUGCUGGUGGCGCCACCGCUCCAGCGGCCAAGAGGGGCCGUCCCUUCGGCAGCACGAGCAACAAUACCUCCUCCUCCGGCUCUGGCGGUGAUGCCGUGGCUCCAUCCAAUCUCCUUGGCCCAUCUCUCCAAGUUCACACCUCCUUUGUUGAUCAAAAUAAUAAGAGAAUAGUUUUGGCUCUUCAAAGUGGAUUAAAGAGCGAGCUAACAUGGGCACUCAACACUCUUACAAUGCUCUCUUUCAAAGAGAAGGAAGACAUGCGGAAAGAUUCUCUAGCUAAAAUCCCUGGCUUGCUCGAUGCUCUUCUCCAAGUUAUAGAUGACUGGCGUGAUAUAGCUCUUCCUAAAGAUCUCAGCAAAAAGCCUAGGGUUAGGACAUUAGGUGCCAAUUCUCUGGUUACAGGAUUUGGCAAUGGAUACGAGGCAUUAGGACCAAACAACACUCUCACACAUCCUGGAUUAGGGUCGAGUUCUUCUAUAACUGAAGCUUCAGUGCUGAAGAAUGCUGCCAAACUUCGUUCUUCAGAGUGGUGGUUUGAUGAGGAUGGCCUGUUUAAUUUAGACGAGGAAGGGCGGGCAGAAAAACAGCAGUGUGCUGUGGGUGCUUCAAAUAUCAUACGGAAUUUCUCUUUCAUGCCAGAGAACGAAGUCAUUAUGGCUCAACAUCGGCAUUGCUUGGAGACGGUGUUCCAGUGUAUAGAAGACAAUAUUUCUGAGGAUGAAGAACUUGUUACAAACGCCCUUGAAACGAUAGUAAAUUUAGCUCCAUUGCUUGAUCUUCGAAUUUUCAGCUCAUCAAAGCCAUCUUACAUCAGAAUGACAGAGAAACGUGCAGUCCAAGCUAUCAUGGGGAUGCUGGGAUCUCAAGUUAAAGCCUGGCACUGUGCUGCUGCAGAAUUACUAGGGCGCAUGAUAAUAAAUCCUGACAAUGAACCUUUCCUUCUUCCUUUUGUUCCACAGAUACACAAGCGUUUAGUAGAUCUUAUGAGCAUACAGGCAUAUGAUGCACAAGCAGCAGCGGUUGGUGCACUCUAUAACCUUGCAGAAGUUAAUAUGGAUUGCAGAUUAAAGCUUGCUAGCGAGCGAUGGGCUGUUGAUCGACUACUGAAAGUGAUCAAGACACCACAUCCAGUACCAGAAGUUUGCAGGAAGGCGGCAAUGAUACUGGAGAGCCUGGUAUCCGAGCCACAGAACAGGGCAUUGCUGCUUGCUUAUGAGAAUGCAUUUGCUGAGAUUCUCUUCUCGGAAAGCAGAUAUUCUGAUACAUUUGCACGGAUCUUGUAUGAGCUGACAUCUAGGCCAAACAACAAAUUCACAGCAGCUCGUGGUGUUUGGGGCAUGUGAUUCUGACUUGGAAGAAUAUUGUAUUGAAACUUAAGUAAUUUGUAGCAACAGUAAAUUUCAGCAGAGUUAGCUUUCUAUUAGUUAUGGCUAAUGUCAUAGUUUUCUGUUUAUUAGUUUGUUUCUGUUUCAUCAGUUGUUACCAUAUCUGUUUUACAUCUCUGUGAACUUUUGCUGUAGGUUGCUGUCAUCAACAAAGGCUAGCUAGCUUGCCUUUUUAUAGAAUACCCUUUUGACUAAA